AUGUCCUACGCCGUGGAAUCCAAGAAGCGCAAAUUCCACCGCAUGCUAGAAUCCAUCUCCAAGCCCAUCACCGACAAUGUCUCCAAAGCAACAGCUUCCGCCACAACGUCCGCGACGGCGCAAGAUCGCCUCCCCGCGAACCUAUCAAUCAAGAAAGUCCGACUGAGUAGCGGCGACCAAUCGGAUCUGGCUGCAGUGCGCAACUCCAUCCAGAAGAUCUCCCGGCCUGCACACAGGCUCGCAUCCGCGUCGUCGAACAAGCGCCCAAGCUUCGUGCCUUGGGAUCGCGAGCGUUUCCUCGAGCGUCUGGAGACCUUCCGGCGUGUGGACCGGUGGACCUCGAAACCAAACCCCAUCAACGAGGUACAAUGGGCGAAGUGUGGUUGGAUUUGCACGGAUGCGAUGCGCGUGUCUUGCAUUAGUGGGUGUGGUGGCUCCGUGGUGGUUAAGCUGCCGGAUGAGAUUGAUGAGCUGGAUGGCUAUGACGCGGAGAAGGUGCAGGAGCGGAAAGAAGUCCGUGCAAAACUGGUCGAAGAAUUCGCGAAAUUACUACAUGAUGGCCAUGGUGAGAGCUGUCCGUGGCGGAACAGGGGUUGUGAUGGUUUGUACAGCCACGAUACCGGAUGGAUUUCCCUCUUUAACAUUUUACUAGACACCAUUCAACAUCUGCCGUUGACCAACGCCGACUCUGCCCUUGCGGGGCUUCGCAAACGCUAUUUGAACAUGUUGCAGAUGGGCGAUAAGCUACCGGCCGAUGAUGUUAUGCAAACACCAGAGAACUUUCAACUUGACGAGCUUUUGAAGAUCCUGCCCGAGGAUUGGUCGAAGACGUCCGACAAACCAGCAGAGAAUAACGAAGCAGCCAGCAGUGAGAACCAAGACAGCACAGAAGCCAAGGGUCUGUCGUCGACGGAGACUCCUCUAAAUCGCGCGGCAUUUACCCUAGCCUUUUUCGGCUGGGAUGCAGUAUCCGAUGGAGCCGCCGGUCUUGUCGGCUGUGGAGCGUGCUUCCGCCGUCUCGGUCUCUGGCUGUACAAGCCCAAGGCCAACGGCGAUGUAACCGUCUACGUUUCCUUGGACGUGGCAUCCGAGCACAUGGAGUACUGUCCAUGGAUUGACCGGAUCGCCCAGAGCGGCACAGGCAAGCCAAACCAGAGAACAGAGGAUUUACGGAGUGGCUGGGAGCUCGUGGCGCAAGCUGUACGGGUCAAGCAUCGCCGUCACCUCCGUUCGACGACACCCAUGGAUACAGUCCAGACGGACGCGAGUACCCCAUCGGCAGAUUUCGGAGAAGACGAUGAAAAUGACGAGGCAAAGAAGACUGCGGACCGUGAAUGGUGGGCAAAGAUUCGGCGCAUGAGGCAGUUGUUGACUACCAAGUCGCCCCGGCGGAAAUCGGUCAUUCAGUGA